AUGCCACGCGCUAAUCACGAGCGCUACGGCCGAAACUUGCCCGAAAAGAAGAGUUCAUUCACUACAAACGCAAAUAGGAGACAAACCAUGAAUGCGAAAAAUCCGUUCAACAUCAAAGUUGCGCGCCUGGCGGUCAGCGCAGUGGGACUGGCAUUGAGCUUCGGUACGCAUGCCAGCGGCUAUCCAGAGAAACCUCUAACUUUGAUCGUUCCUUACACUGCAGGUGGGGCAACCGACGUACUGGCAAGAAUGGUGGCGAAGGGCUUGUCGCAGGAACUGAGACAACCUAUCGUGGUGGAGAACGUCCCAGGUGCUGGCGGUUCCAUUGGUCAAACACGCUUUUCAAGAGCUGCUGCAGAUGGCUACACGCUGCUCAUGGGCAACGUUGGAACGCUAGCCGCCAAUGGUUCUGUGUACAAGAAUCUGCCGUACGAUGUCCUGAAGGACUUUACGCCACUUGCAUCCGUCGGUGACGCACCGCAAGUGCUUUCCGUACGCGCGGAUUUUCCGGCGUCCAACCUGGACGAGUUUGCGGCCUACGCCAAGGCGCACGGUGCGAAGAUGAAUUUCGGUGACGCGGGAGUCGGCUCAGGAGCUUUUUUGGGAGGCGUAUUGCUCAACGCAACACUGGGCACCAACGUUCCACCCGUUCACUACCGAGGCGCAGCUCAAGCGACCUCCGAUGUGAUGGCAGGCCAAAUUGACUACACCGUAGAAAGCAGCAGUACGGCAGUAAGUUCUAUUUCAUCCGGAAAGAUCAAAGGUCUCGUCGUACUGAGUGCGCAGCGAGUAGGCGUUUUGCCCAAUGUUCCUGCGGUCAGCGAGACCUCCUACAAAUCGCUGAACUACACGAUAUGGAACAUGCUUUUGGUAAAAAAGGGGGUGCCUACGGACAUUGUGAACACUCUCAACAACGCCAUUAAUAAGACUCUUGCGCAACCAGAACUAGUGGAUCGCUACAAGCAGAUGGGCUUGGCCGUUCCGGGUGCCAACCAACGCACUCCACAGGGUGCUGAAAAGUUGUUGGCCGAAGAGGUCGCUCGCUGGCAAAAGCUGCUAAGCGAGGCCGGCGUGAAGCCAGAGUAA